CCCACGGCCCGGGCCACGGCGGCUCCGGCAGCGAACGUGUUCCCGCUGGGAGCAAAUGCACCAAAAUUAAACUUUGGUGGCAGCAGUGCAACUCAGGCUACUGGAGUCACAGGGGGCUUUGGGUUUGGUAGCUCCGCACCAACCAGCGUGCCCUCAAGUCAAGCAGCAGCCCCUUCUGGCUUUCUGUUUGGAUCUGCUGGCACCAGCACCACCACUGCCGCCGCCCAGCCUGGGACAACUGGAGGGUUUACUUUUUCCAGUGGUACCACGACUCAGGCCGGAACAGCCACCUCCACCACUGGCACUGCAGCUCUGCAACCAGCAGCCACGGGCUUGACCUUUGGAACGGCAUCUGCAGCUGCUGCCACCCCCGCUGCUGCCACCUUAGGAGCAGCAACGCAGUCAACAACCCCCUUCAGCCUUGGGGGGCAGCCCGCAGGUCUAAACUUUGGGUCAUUGACUUCAACAGCAGCCACCAGUGCACCUGUGGCAACGCUGACCACAAGUAGCAGCCAGAAACCUACUCCGUCCUUUGGAACCAAACCUGGAGUAACAUCCACAGCUGCUACAACUGCCGCUACCACCACAGCCUCCAUUCUUGGUUCGACGGGGCCUACGUUGUUUGCAUCUAUAGCGAGUUCUUCAGCACCGACGUCGUCUACCACCACGGGCCUCUCGCUUGGUGCCCCUUCCACUGGGACAGCCAGUCUUGGAACGCUUGGGUUUGGAUUAAAAGCUCCUGCAACAACAGCUGCCACAACAAGCACUGCCACUGGCACUACUUCUGCUUCUGGCUUUGCUUUGAAUCUUAAGCCAUUAACUACGACUGGUGCCAUUGGAGCUGGGACUUCUACUGCUGCCAUAACCACCAACACAACCAGCGCACCUCCAGUGAUGACUUAUGCCCAGCUGGAGAGUUUGAUAAACAAGUGGAGUCUGGAACUGGAAGACCAAGAGAAGCACUUUCUCCAUCAAGCAACUCAAGUUAACGCCUGGGAUCAGACGCUGAUAGAAAAUGGGGAGAAGAUUACUUCCUUACACAGAGAAGUAGAGAAGGUGAAGCUUGAUCAGAAGAGACUGGAUCAGGAACUGGACUUCAUUCUGUCACAGCAGAAAGAGCUUGAAGACUUGUUGACCCCUCUGGAGGAAUCUGUGAAGGAACAGAGCGGGACUAUCUACCUGCAGCAUGCAGAUGAAGAACGGGAGAGGACUUAUAAACUGGCUGAAAACAUAGAUGCUCAGUUGAAGCGUAUGGCACAAGAUCUGAAGGACAUUACUGAACACCUGAAUACAUCAAGAGGCCCAGCAGACACCAGUGACCCGCUUCAGCAGAUCUGUAAAAUUUUGAAUGCGCACAUGGACUCAUUGCAGUGGAUUGACCAGAACUCAGCCGUGUUGCAGAGAAAGGUAGAAGAGGUGACAAAGGUUUGCGAGAGCCGCCGCAAGGAGCAAGAGCGCAGUUAUCGGAUUGCGUUUGACUGAAAGACUCCAAGUUUAAAGGAGUAACCUAAAAUCUCCACAGAGAACAAGAGGUUGUUGGGGACCUAGGUGUCCAAUUACCACCUGGGUUUGUUUCAUUCUUGCAAUAAAUUGU